AUGAAACAUCUGAUAUCGAUAUUCAACUCACUUGCCAGAGGGAAGAAGACUCUCGACUACUCCGAUUUUGAAAACGGUUUCGCCCUUGUUAACUACUUCAUCAAUUAUGAGGAGUAUUCAAGUUUGUAUGAAGCCUCUGGUGGUCAUCCCCCAAAGAGAGUUCCCUUAUCUAAGGACACUUACCUAAGUGCAUUUACAGCAUUUGAUAGGGAUAGGUCUGGAAAUAUCGACAUUGUUGAAUUCAUACAAGGCAUUGCAUGGCUGACUCGAUCGCAAGCUAAUCUGAAUACCCUAGAUGCUGCUGGUGAUGGCGUACCGCAACUACCUAAGAGCCACUUGGUUCGCGAUGGGAGGAAUGUCAACCUGGCGUGGAGUUCGCGACCACAGGUUGUAUUGGUGACGAAGAAAUGGGGGAGUAAUCGUGCGAAGGAGGCGCUGUUGGAGGUUGGAAGAUGGCUGAAAACUGCCUACAACUUGCGAGUUUUGAUGGACCCUAAUGAUCCGGAUGGUCUAAGAAAUAAGAGAAUAUAUUGUGCGAAAAGGUAUAAAAUUAGCGAACAUGCUCUGGGUGUGAGUCGAUUAGAAGAUGCGGUCCUCUACAGAGAUGCUGAUUUUAUAGCGAUUAACAAACCAUGGGGUUUAUCGGUCACGGAUGGUCCGAAGAUUAAAUAUAGUUCGGAAGUGCCAAUACUCAUUCACCGACUGGACACUGCUACGGCUGGCGUACAGCUCUUAGCACGACAUAAAUCAGCGGCUACUAUGGCGCGGGAUCGUAUCGGGGCUAGGUGA